UCUAAAGUUGUUCAGAAAGUUUUGUGGUUCAUUCUUGGAAACUCAUGCUGUAAAUAUUUCACAGGGCAUGAGUGGGUAUAAGGCAGUGGUUCUCAGCCUAUGGGUCAUCAGAUAUUUGCAUUAUGAGCCAUAGCAGUAGCAAAAUUACAGUUAUGAAAUAGCAUCAAAAAAUUUUAUGGUUGGGGGUCACCACAACUUGAGGAUCUCUUAGAGAGUCGCAGCAUUAGGAAGGGUGAGGACCUCUUGCAUGAGGGAUGCUUGGCUCAAACUGUCUGGACACAUUUUUACCAAUGAGAAUUUGAGUAACUCUUCCAGGGUGUCUAAAACCCUGUUUCCUAGCAGUAAAAUGAGAGCUAAUGAUGGUGCUCACUUAAAAGGUUCCUUGCCGGGAUUAAAUAGGUAUAUUAACAGAGAACUGUUACAACUGUUAUUUCCUUCAGGGUAGCUUUUGACCCUGAUGUCCACCAGUCCUCUGUCCCCAACAGGGAAAGUUCCAAGGGCGCAGUUAACGGUCCAGGGAGCAAACGGCUAACAACUUGUAGAUCAUUCGGCUAACAACUUGUAGAUCAUUCUGCAGUAGCUGAGGAAAAAUAUCCCCAUGGUCCUAAAUGCCCAGCCUCGCUAUAUAGUGCAUUUAUGCUCUUCCAGGGGAAGGUCUAGCAUACUGAAAGAGCAGUGGCAAAGGCCUUCAGGAGCAAGUCAGUGACAACCAUCUGCUUCAUGUUCUGUCAGACUAUAGAGCCAGCCCUGGACACAGUCCAGAAUUCUUUAGCGGGCAGGAGCCUUCCAAGGCACGGAGCUACAGAGCGAGGGGUCCAUGUACUCUACUCCGGACUGCUUCUGGCUCAUGGGCAGGAUGGGAACCAGAACAAGCUUCCUGGCCCUCUUGCUGAACUGAUGUUUUCUUUUUCUAAGUCGUGAGGUGUCAUCGUCCUCCAUCCUCCUCCACGCCAGCCCCCAGUUGAAACAAGGACUCCACCCCGUCUCUCCUGAAUUCUGCCCAAUCUCUGGUGUCCUCAGUGCUUGGGAUCCACAUGCUUGAUUGCUUACCGUCUGUGUCUGUGGCGGUCCUGGAGGCCGUCAAGUUGGAAAAGCUUCGUGUGAGUCGGUUUUCACAAGAAGAAGAAGCAUCCUGAGACAUCCGAAUUAAACCUGCCAAUCAGCCUACAUUAAACUUACCAGCACAGGGGACCAUGGACAUCGAAGCGUAUUUUGAAAGGAUUGGUUAUAAGAACUCAGCGAAUAAAUUGGACUUGGACACAUUAACUGAAGUUCUUCAGCACCAGAUGCGAACAGUUCCUUUUGAGAACCUUAACAUGCAUAGUGGCGAAGCCAUGGAUCUGGGUUUAGAGACCGUUUUUGACCACAUAGUGAGGAAGAAGCGGGGUGGGUGGUGUCUCCAGGUUAAUCAUCUCCUGUACUGGGCUCUGACCAAAAUGGGCUUUGAAGCCGCGAUGUUGGGAGGAUACGUUUACAUAGAUCCAGUCAAUAAAUACAGCAGCGAAAUGGUUCACCUUCUAGUACAGGUGACCAUCGGUGACAGAAACUAUGUUGCUGAUGCUGCCUACGGAGGCUCCCUCCAGAUGUGGGAGCCUCUGGAAUUAGUGUCAGGGAAGGAUCAGCCUCAGGCACCUGCCAUCUUUCGUUUGACAGAAGAGAACGGAACCUGGUACUUGGACCAAAUCAGAAGAGAGCAGUAUGUCCCAAACCAAGAAUUUGUUAACUCAGAUCUCCUUGAGAAGACCAAAUAUCGAAAAAUCUGUUCUUUCACUCUCAAACCCCGCACUAUCGAAGAAUUUGAAUAUUCAAAUACCUACCUUCAGACAUCACCGUCAUCUGUAUUUGUAAACACGUCGUUUUGCUCCUUGCAGACCACAGAAGGCGUGUGCUGUUUAAUAGGCUCCACCAUUGCAAGUAGGAAAUUCAGUUAUAAGGACAAUGUAGAUCUGGUCGAGAUUAGGAAUGCGAAGGAGGAAGAAAUAGAAGACAUCCUGAAAACUGCAUUUGGCAUUUCUUUGGAGAGAAAGUUUGUGCCUAAAAAUGGUAACCUAUCUUUUACCAUUUAGGAUGAGAUGCAAAACCACUUUUGAUUAUUAUUUCAUGCUCUUAAACAUUUGAAACAUAUGCAAAUGUAUCCAUAACAGGCCUUAAAGAAUCAUCACCCAGGUGGAUAUUGAUCAACUAAUGACUUGUAUCUUCUAUUUCCUACGUUUUAUAGAAAAGAAAUCCUAGCUGUCCUAUCAUUUCACCAAGAAAAAUAUUAUCAAUUAUAAUUAAAUAAAAAUUUCAAUGGAUAUAACCACAAUCUUUUCAAGAUUAAUCAUAUAAAAAAUUCUUAAUGAAGAUGUGGUUAUUUUGGGAGCCAUAUUCAUUUGUAAUAGAAAAGCUUCAAGCAUUAUGCUAUUGUUGAACUCAUAUAAAACUUAUAUUGGUAGUUGACUAUGAAUUAACAGAGAACUGCAGGCAUUAAAUUUAGCCAGAAUAAAUCUGAUGUCCAAGGUUUACAAGAAACCACCUUCACAACUUAGGAUCAGAAUAAAGCCAACAAGAAUGAGCCAUCAUUCCAGUUCCAGGAAACCUAGACCUAAAGACAAAAUUCAAACCAAUGCAUGGGUCUCUAUGAGUAGGCACCAACACAAUGACAUGGCUUAGAAUUUCUUCCAGGGCUAAUUUUGCAGACACAGUUCUGUUUGUAUUUGAUUUUUUUUUAAGCUAUGGGAACACUGAUGUUUGGAAUUAGGUGAUUUAUACCUCAUGUAAUAAUCUUUAUAGCUCAUAAAAUAUAUGUUAUCUGGGAAACGUAAAGUAUAUUAAUUGUUAACUAUAUUAAAAUAGUAUUGGCUGACAGGA